UAAGCCGACAGAAUCUUGGGUGUGUGUGCGUGUGUUUGUACGUUUGUACCGGCGCGCGUACUCGCUUGGCCGUCCCCGCGUGCCCGCACAGGAGUUAGCAGACAAGUUUCUCUUGUUUCCUCGUUUAUAGCGCUUGGCUCUGAUCUGUGAUGCUUGAGAGAUUAUAGCUGAGCGAAGCGCUUCAUCAUGUUACCCAGGCGAUCACUGCGAUGCUUACGCGCUUUUCACACCGGAGCGACGGUUCCGGAGACGUUCGUCCGUUCUUCCCGAUUGCUACAACCCAGUACAUUCACUAAGUCUGAUGCAAAGCAGGCGCUUUGCAAGAGCCAGAAGCUCAUGUUGGAUUAUGGUCUGAUAAGCUCGGCAAGUACCGGGACGUUUGUUCUGCUUCCUAUGGCCAUGAAAGCGCUGGAGCGCCUCACCAAUCUAAUAGACACCGAGCUGCAGCGAGUUGGCGGCCAGAAGACAUACUUUCCCUGCCUCGUGCCAAGCUCUCUUUUCAAGAAGACAGGCCGCUUGGAUAAAUUGGGACAAGAACUGUUCACACUGAUGGACAGGAGAGACCACAACUACUGCCUUGGACCUACUCAUGAGGAAGCUGUAACACAACUCGUGACAUCCUUGAAGACGUUGCCUCAAGCAUCACUUCCACUUAUGCUCUAUCAGAUAACUCCAAAAUUUCGGGAUGAGGCACGACCAAAGUUUGGACUGCUUAGGUGUAGAGAAUUCAUCAUGAAAGACAUGUAUUCAUUUGACAAAACCACAGAAGAGGCUGCAAGUACGUACAACAUGGUAUGUGAAGCGUAUAUGAGGAUUCUGAAGCAGCUUGAAGUUCCCUUUGUUAAAGUGAAGGCAUCCACAGGUGCUAUGGGAGGCAGUUACUCCCACGAGUUCCACUUUCUCAAUGACAUUGGCGAAGAUCACCUACAUGUGUGCACGCAAUGUCAGACAGGCCUCAGCAUUGAUGAAGCAAGCUCAGGUUGCCAGAACGAGACGUGUGAAAAUUGUGGCGGGCGCCUUCAAGAAGCAAGAGGCAUUGAGGUGGCUCAUGCCUUCUCUUUGGGAACUACAUAUUCUGAGCCACUUAAUGCUACCACUCAUCAUGCUGAUGGCAAGCACAGACCUCUUGAAAUGAACUGCUUUGGCAUUGGCGUCACGCGCCUCCUGGCAGCAUGCCUCGAAAUGCUUGCUUCGGAGGACCGGCUGCGGUGGCCUCUCUCCAUAGCACCGUUCAGAGUCGCCGUCAUCACACCCAAGCGAGGCAGUCACGAAGUUGUAAGCUUGCCCUUGGCAGAACACCUAGCAGGGCAGCUCAGCUCGCUCGACCAACUUCGAGGGGCAGUCCUCAUGGACGACAGGGAUGACUGGACAAUUGGGAGGAGACUCAAAGACCUCGACACUCUGGGAAUGCCUUACGUCAUUGUCGCGGGCAAGAAGACCAAGGAAUCGGUGCCCCUGUUUGAGCUUCACGACACAUCAAAAGGCUCACUAGCUGAACUCACACAUUCAGAACUGCUGCAUUUUUUCCAAUUUGGACCGCUUGCAGUAAAAAGAAUAUAUUAAACUUUGAUAAUUCAU